AUGAUCAACCGGGGGGCGCGGCGGAAGAUCGUGGAGUUGCUCGAUCCGCAGCCGGGCGAGUCGAUCUGGGAGAUCGGCGCGGGGCUGGGCGCGUUGACCGAGAUGAUCGCACCGCUGGCGGGCAACACCGUGGUGUUCGAGAGCGACCAUGGACUGGUCAGGCAUCUGCAGUCCGAGCUCUCCGACUCGAGCGUUCAGAUCGUGGCCGGUGACUUCCUGGAUACCCGCGAACAGGCCCUUGCGGCCUACGGCGCGCCGAAACGGAUCGGCGGCAACCUGCCGUACAGUAGCGGGGCGGCGAUCGUCGCCGCGCUGCUGGAACAUGGGCCGCAGGUCGACCGCAUGGUGUUCACGCUGCAGAAGGAGGUGGUCGAACGCAUGUGCGCGGCUCCCGGGUCGCGGACGUAUUCGUCAUUCUCCGUCAUCUGCCAGGCGUUCUAUGCCGUUGCCAAUCAGGGCGACCUGCAGCCCGGGUCCUUCUUUCCGGCGCCCGAGGUUCAGUCCGGUGUGGUGACGAUGGACCUGCGCGCCGAUGCCGGGCGCGUUCGUGAUCCGGCCAUUUUCUUCCUGCUGGUGCGUGCGGCGUUCGCGGCCCGGCGCAAGACGCUCCGGAACAAUCUCCUGCGGGAGUCGCCGUUCCCCCUCAGCAAGCGUGACCUGCUGGCGGUGGUGCAGCGUGUGGGGAUCGACGCGGGCGUACGCGCGGAGGCGCUCGGCGCCGAUGAGCUGGUCGCGGCCAGCAACCAGAUCGCAGUGCUGGCCCGCCGCGGAUCGAGCGAACCGUGA